AUGUCGCGAUCCAACAGACUCGCCCCGGAGGCCAACCGCAUCCUCUUCGUCAAGAACCUGGCCUACGACAUCGACAGCCCCGCCCUAUUCGAUCUCUUCGGCAAGUUUGGUCCAAUACGUCAAAUCCGCGCUGGGACCUCGACGACCACCAAAGGCACAGCUUAUGUCGUCUAUGAAGAUGUCCUAGAUGCGAAGCAAGCCUGCGACAAGUUAAAUGGGUUCAACUUCAGAAAUCGAUAUUUGGUUGUGCUGUAUCAUCAGCCGGAGAAGAUGAAGAUGGAGGUGAAGGAGGAUAUCGCUACGAGACAGGCCAACUUGGAAAAAAUCAAACAGGAGCAUGGUAUUGACUGA